GAGUUUGACAGCUGUUAAACAGCUGGAAAAUAUGUAAAUAAAAUACAUGUAAACAAAUAAAUUGUUAUAGGAAACUAAAGAAAAAUAUAAAAAACUAUAAAAGUUAACUAAAAAAAAUGUUAAAGAGAUUACCGCUUUGCACGCUAAAUUCACAAACAACAACAAAAUGCGGGGAAAUAUUUUGUGAUAGUUUAAAAAAUUUCACUAUUUGCUGUAGUUUUUGCAAAAUUAAAUUAUUUGCUUACGAUGAUCUCCUUCAGCACAUACAAAAUUUACAUUUUGAAUACAUAAGAAAAGAAGAAUGCAAUGAAUUUUAUAAAAAUGAUGAAUUUAAGGAAGAAAAAUGUGAUGAAGUGUCGGAAUCAUUGAAUAGUUGUGAUAUUUUAUAUGACUGCAAGGUUAAUGAUGAUGCAGUUAAUAGUUCUGAAGAAGAAACAAUAAAGGUGUUGGAAGUCAGACCUAAAUUUAGCAAAAUAACUAAUAGCACUAAAGAAACUAAUAUAGAGGAAGAGAAUCACUUGGAAGAGACGUCAAAACAUUCUACUGUUUAUGAAAUUGGUGAUCCUUUUGCUCCUAAUCAAAAAUUCGAAGCUUUAUUGUGUCCCGAUUGCCAGGAAUUAUUUUUUCUUAAAAAGGAAUAUGAUGAACAUGUUGUAAAAGAACACAAUGGUCAUAAAUGCCCCAAAUGUGAUAUGCGUUUUCGACACCGACAUCACCUCAGACGGCACUUACAAAAUAUGCACGAAGAUUGCGAGGAAAGGAAACAGAACAAAAGAUUAAAACAAAGAAUACCCUGCCCUUAUGCCGAAUGUCCGAAAAGUUUUACUUUAAAGGAAUCUCUUAACUAUCACCUGGAAUUCCAUACUAUGAAAUGUACUUUUGUAUGUAAUUUUGAAAAUUGCAGCAAAAGUUUUCCCACACAACAGCGUUUAGAUCAACACCAAGAGAAACAUACUAUGGCACGUACGUUUGUUUGUGAUUUUGAUAAUUGCAACAAAGCUUUUGCCAAUAAAACCCGUUUAAAAGCCCACCAGGAUGUACAUGCUUUAGCAAAACGAUAUAUUUGUGAUGCUUGCGGCUAUAGUUGUCGAGCCUCGACUACAUUGCGGAUUCACAAACGUAUGCAUACGGGUGAAAGACCUUACACUUGUAAGAUAUGUGAAAAUGCUUUUACCUCGCAGGCCACUCUUCACCUACACAUGAAUACACAUGCCACUAUACGUCCAUAUGUUUGUCAGAUUUGUCAGGCUACAUUUGCCAAUCGUCAGAUACUUGAACGGCAUGCCUACACGCAUGCGGAAGAGAAAUUAUUUAAAUGUCUACUAUGUGAUAAAGCUUUUAAACAACCUCAUGGUUUAGAUGGUCAUAUGAGACGUUUACACUUGGAACCAAGGCCAAAAAAAGUUAAAUAUUUUAAAAAUGUUACAAAAUCCAGUGAAACAGCAAGAGAAACAUUAUGAAUUGCAAACAAUUAUUUGACAGUUACAAAUUAUUUUUAUCUUUAAUUUGAAAUACUGUUUUUUUCAGUAUUUUGUAAACAAAUACAUAUAAUAAAUAAGAUUACCAAAAAAUGUUUAAUAAAGCCAUUGAUGGGUUAUUGUAAGAAUUUUGUUUUUACAAUUACCAUGCAGAGUUUCACAACCAAAA